UAACAUUUCCGUUGACAGUAUUUCCGGUUCCGCCCAACCGUUGCUACUGAAGUUACCGUCAUUAGCAAAUGGGCAGCGCCCCGGCUCAACCUAUCGCUGCUGCGGACGAUGACCCACCGGUAACUUCCUCUAACUUUCCCAAAAAAAAGCAGCUCUGCUGGUGAGAAACUGGAAUGGAUGGCUGUGGUCCACGUGUAAAGUAACGCCAAGUGGCAGGGCCAUGUUGCCAGGAGUUGGUGUUUUUGGCACCGGGAGCACAGCCCGAGUGCUGGUCCCGCUGCUGCAAACCGAGGGCUUUGAAGUCCAUGCACUUUGGGGACGAAGCGAAGAGGAAGCUUGCUGCUUGGCAAAGGAACUCGGCAUCCCGUUUCACACCAGCCGAUCCGACGACGUCCUCCUGCACCAAGACGUCGAUCUGGUGUGCAUCUACAUUCCCCCCUCAAUGACGAGACAGAUUGCAGUCAAAGCACUGGGUAUCGGGAAGAAUGUCGUGUGUGAGAAAGCUGCAACCGCUGUCGACUCUUUCAAGAUGGUGACUGCAGCCAGAUACUACCCCCAGCUGCUGAGCAUGAUGGGUAACACCCUGCGCUUCCUGCCGGCCUUUGUGGCGAUGCAACAGCUGCUGGUGGAGGGCUACGUCGGGGACAUCCAGGUGUGUGACGUGCGGGUCUACGGCCCGAGCCUCCUGGACCAGUCGUACGGCUGGACCUGCGAGGAGCUGAUGGGCGGCGGCGGGUUGCACAUCGUCGGGUCCGCCAUCAUCGACCUGCUGAGUUACCUCACGGGAACCAGAGCUCACCGUGUGCACGGCUUACUGCGGACCUUUGUGCAACAGAACAACCUGAUCCGAGGCAUCCGCCGCGUCACCAGCGACGACUUUUGUUUCUUCCAAAUGUUGAUGGGUGGAACCGGAUCCUCGGGCGUGUGCUGCACCGUCACCUUGAACUUCAACAUGCCGGGGUCGUUCGUGCACGAGGUUAUGAUCGUCGGAUCUGCUGGCAGGCUGGUCGCCAGGGGAACCGAGCUGUACGGCCAACGCAACGGGAGCAAAUGCGAAGAGCUGCUGCUGGCUGACGGCGGUGGCGUCGGACCGGAGGCGAAAGAGACGCCCCGCCCUCAUCUGCAGGGGCUGAGCUCCAUGGUGAAGGCGCUGAGGCAGUCCUUCCAGGCUCACGAAGAGCAGCGGUUGUGGUCACAAGGUCCGGUUGCCUCGGCGCCAACCUUCGAAGACGGCCUGUACGUGCAGACGGUGGUGGAGGCGGUCAAACAGUCCAGCAGCAGCGGGGAGUGGGUCUGCGUGGAGAUCAUGAGUCAGGAGCCGGACCCCAACCACAACCUGUGCGAGGCGCUGCAGAGAAACAAAAACUGAACCGAAACAUUCACUGAGUGCAAAAUCUACGUGCGUGACAGAACGGGACUCUGAACGUCUGUCUGUGAUUCAGCUGCUCUGGCCGUUUACAUCACACACACACACACACACACACACACACACACACACACACACACACACACGCACGACUACCUUCAUGUUCACUUCCUCUCAGGUUUUGCAGAUUAAUAUUUAGCCAACAUAGACACAGCUGCAUUGUGCGCCUGGAGGAAGGAGAGUACUCUAAAUGUACUCCAUCAGUAAACCACAGCCUUAUUAUUUGGGUUCGGACCAGUGGAAAUACAGACAGCCUGGUGACAAACGUGUGCCAACAAUCCUGUAGAUGCUGCCUUCAUCUGGCUCAUUUCGAAGUUGAGAAGUAAGGAAUGUACUCUUCUCAGUUUGUAAAUGGUUUUGUGUCAGUAAGUCACAACAUCGACAUUUAAUACUUGGUAUUUGCACGUUUCAGAAUAAUGUAUGUGCUUCAUUUGUGCAACAAAGUCUGCAGUGAAAUAUUUUCACUCAAGUUUUGUAUUUAAAUUAGGACGAGUUGAACAGUUUUGUACUUAAAAUCUAAAUUAUUGUUUGCCUAAACAUCGGUUAUAUCACUACUUGUAGGUCACUAUUAUAUUCACCAGAGUUUACUUUAGGACUAAAUAUGAAAGCAAGACGAUAAUUUGACUAAGGUGCUUUUCAUAAUUUACCUCUGAUAGUUAAAUAAGAUCAGAACAGAAAUAAUAAUGCUGUGGGACGUUUACAUUUAGUUUUGUUUAAUUUUAGCUCUAGUAAUUUUGGUUAAAGUGACUCAUGUAGCAAAAUAUACUGAUAAAAUAGCCAAUCACUUCACAAUUUUGAACAUUUUAAAUGUAACAAAGCUAUAAACAUAAUAAUUUACAAACAGUAUAAGGAAGUAUUUGAACAAAGAACAUUUAGCCCAUAAUGUGAAAAGAAAUAUUCCUCCAAACAUUAAAUCAAAAAUUCAAAUAUCUAAGAAACUAAAAUGGGGAUUAAACAAGUUUAAAAUUAUCUCUCAUUAUAUAGAAAGUGCAGCCCAAUGUGUUUCCUUAAUAAAUACUUAAAUAUAAAAGUCUACUGAUACUUGAUGAGCAGAACACCAAAGUUUCAAAUAAUCUGAUUUACAGUUGUGUUAUUAAAUUACAUCAGCUGCAGAUAUUACUAUAUUUCAGUGUAAUAAUCUAUUAUAUUAUUGGCAAAAUGUUUGUUAUUGACAAAAACUUUAGGAUAUUAUUGACUUAUUGCUGUUGGUUUAUUGUUGGCUUUCUUGCAUUAGAAAUGGUCAAAAUGAUUUACAUUAUUGAUUGCUACAGGUAACCUAACCAGAUUAUUAUUAUUUUUUCCUGUUGCAACACGCCGUGGCAAAUAUACCAGGGACUGAGUAAAAUAAGCUAUGUAGAGAACAUGAAUAUCGAUGGCCCCCUGAAAGCGACCAGGUAAGUUUGAAUGUUUGUUUUGAGCGGCUCGCUGUAAAUAAGCCAGAGGUUUCUCUUUACGUGCCGCAUUUCCAUUAUUUUAAAAGAAAUGUCCUACAUUUAGAUGAAAACUAUAGUUAUUGUAACACGGAUGAAAUGUGUUUUGGUAAUAACUUGGAUUUUCUUAAAUAACUCGUGAAAAAUCCGCCUACAAUCUUUUUAUCUAUCAAAACUGACGGAAAGAAUGAAGCCAUAACAUUUACCUGUUAGGUUUACCUGGAGAUUUAAACAUUUACAACUUAUUUUAAAGAUAAAAACUUAAGUUUACACUUAAAAUUAAGAGUUUGAUUCUAAAUUAAAACGUAGUCCAGUGUGAGUGGGUCCGAUCCGCCACAUAGCAGCUGCCUCUUUGUUACAGUCAAAGCUCCAGUUAUAUGGGAAUCAGGGGAAUUUAAAGAGUAUUUGAUGUUAUUUAAUCUGUCCAAUUUUUUUUGAUCUGCUAGCGUAGAUCUUAAUAUAUUUGUUACAUCUCAUUUUCUCAGCAGGGCUGUAGUUUACAUUAAUUUCUUUAGAAAAUGUUUCUGCUGAAUCCAUCACUGCUAAAACGCAUUCCAGCUGAUUUAUUUUUUUAAUCACCUUGUCAGCAGCUUUUCUUUGUCUUCACACUGAUAAAAUGCCACCUGUUUACUAAACGAUUUAGUGCUUGCACCAGCCAGCUUGCUGCAAAUGUGACUUCAACAUUUAUAAUAAACUUUUGUAUUUAUUUAUUGUUCCCUGGAGAAGGUUUGACAUGUUUGUCCAUUGUCUUUCAGCCUGUGAAUUUCUGUUUUGAUGCUGUAAUAUUUAUAUAUCUUGUUUUUUUUUUAGUCUUGUUUUAACUAAUAUGGCAUUUUGGGCACUAAUUUGCUGCUUCAGAGUUGAUAAACUGUACUUUUAAUCUGUGUGACAUAUUUUUCUUUUAAUAAAUAUAAUUGUUUUA